AUGUACUCGGUUGAAUACCUUUGGACGGAAGAUGAAUUGCAACCUUUUGAAAUUGAAAACUUGUUCCCCGAAGGGACCCUUACCUUUGUCAUCAUCUCAACCAAUAUUGAUCAAACACUCUCAAACUACACUAGAUAUAUGGAUCCCUGGAUCAAGCAAUACCCGUGGAACUAUAAACAACCCGAUUGUCAAGCACGUGUCACUCACACUAUAGAAUAUAUCUAUGGCGAGUUCCAAUACCAUGAACAUACAUUAGACAUGGAGCUAUUUCUCGCUCUAUUGUUGAAUUUCACGAAAUAUGAUCAUAACUGCUACAUCCACGUGUUUGAUUCAGUAGAAAUCGAACCCGUGUUGGUGCUUUGUCAUGAUUGUAUACCCAGUCAUCUUGAAGAUGUUACAAGUGGGAGAAACAAGGUGUGGUUGCAUCAAGAUUCUGUUAUCGUGCUCAAUGAUCACAUCGGAGAAAAAAGUGGCGAGAAUUUAACCAAAGAACCAAAAGCGCAAGGAGAAUAUCUACCUUUACAACGUGCAGUGAGACAAGCAUUCAAUGGUGAUUGGUUGAGGAAUGAUGAAAUGACAAAUACAGUAAAGCAACACUGUUCAAUUGAAAUUGGAUUGAGUAAUGUACAUGAUAUAUGCCUAACUUUACCUGAACCAGUAGCCAAAGUCAUUCUGCGAGACCCAAUGAUGGUGGCUAACAGUCUUGUUGCCCUAGAAGGUGUUGAUGAUAUGCUGCCUAUUAUUUAUGAUCAUGGAGUUGACGUUACUAUACCUGUCAAUGGUAUAAACUUGGGAGUAUUGUUGCGACUUGCUAGUGAAUUUGAAGAUGAAACUGGCAUAAAUAAUAGGUUGGAGCAUAAUGCUGUUGUUGGCGGAUUGAUACUAGCUGGUUUACAAGAAUACUACAAAAAUAAGAGAGAGCCCAAAGUGCCUGAAACUCUUGUACAGGGCCUGAGGAGUAUUCUUCAAAAUGAGUUGCUAAAUCGAGGAAUAAUUAAUGCACCCGUCGAAACCGAUGAGGAAUUGGUGAACCUCAUUUCUGGUAAAGAUGCCAUUCUUCCUGGUACACAAGAUGACGAAGAGGAGUAUGCAAGAAAGCUUCAAGACCUCUUUGAACAAGGAUACGAGAAUUUUGAAGAUAUACUCGAGGAAGAUGAACAAGACGACGAAUUACAAGAUGAGAUUUUUGGCGAUGAUGACGAAGGAGUGGAAUUGUCCGAGGAACUAAAAGAGUUUCGAUGGAAGUACUAUGAUCUCACGUCGAAUUGGUUAGCAGCAGAAGAGGUUCGGCCAAUUUUUGAAAAAGUAAAGAACUCAAUGAUGGAAGCAAACUCUAAUUUCCACCAAGAUUUCAAAGGCACAGAAUUUGAGGACUUUCCGGAAUUUAUGGAGCUGGACGUUAUACUAGAGAUGGCACAACCGAGUGCGGGUAGCAAUAGUAAAGCUAAUGGGUAUAAUGACGACAGUGAUUACCAGAGUGACAAUGGCGACACAUAUCAAGGAGACAUGGCGUAUGAUGACUACAUCAGGUUAAGGAAGAAGCUCCAAACAGAAAAACAUACAAUACAUAAUAAAAAUCCACUGCGUGAUGAUUCAAGUGACGACGAUUGGGAGGAUGUUGAUGACGACGACGAUGACAAUGAUGAUGAAAAUGAAAUUUCAAACUCAGAUAGUGAUGAAUAUGAGGAUGAAGAAUUGGGCGAUGUUUAUGAUGAGACUCCAAAAAUUGAACUACUUGGUGAAGAGGGAGCAGAUGGUGAUAAAAAUGAUAAUGAAAACGAAAUCAUUGACAUUGGGCUUGAUACCAAGCUCACUAAGAAAGAUAUAGAACGCUUGACUAAAAACAUGAAAGAGAUGAAAACUAGCGAAGCAACAAGUUUAGAAAACGCAUUUAGAAAAGUUAGGGAAAGAUAA